AUGGGUUUUCUAAAAUAUAUUACUUUUAUUUUCGUAUUAAAUUAUUUUUUCGUUUUGGUUACUUCGGCUGAGCCGAAUGCAAAAGAUCCGAAUGAUGAUAGAGAUAGAUAUAAUGUUAUUAUUAAAUCUAAAUCAGAUUGCGAUAAACACUAUAAAUGGUUAAAGGAUAAUUACAAUAAAACUGUUAUAAAGUCAAAACAAAGCAUUUUAUCGAUUAAAAAUAAAAACUCUGUAAAAGAUUUUUCUGUUGAUGGUUUUUACGGAUACACUGCCUGGUUUACUCAAGAAUUUGCCAGCAAAACAUUAAAGCAGAGAGAUGAGGUCACUGUUGUGGAAAAGGAUUUUACAAUGAAAAUUAAUUCCGUGGUUCCACGUAGAAUCGAGAACACCGUAAUCCAAAAUAUAAAUUUGGAUCGUUUAGAUAAAGGCAGUGCUUUAGAUGAAAAAUUUGAAUUUCCUGAUACGGCAGGUGAAGGCGUAAAUGUUUUUAUAGUGGACACUGGUAUAUUUAAGGACCACUCAGAUUUUGGAGGACGUGCUAAAUCUGGUGCCUUUUUUUGCACUAAUUGCGAAAAUGAUGAUGACAAAAAUGGUCAUGGAACUAAUGUUGCUGGAAUUGUGGCCGGUAAAACUUUUGGCGUCGCAAAGAAAUCUACAGUUAUUGCUGUAAGAGUUUUCAAUGCUACUGGUAGUGGUGUAAAUUCGGACAUUAUAAAUGGAUUAACGUUCGUUCUAGACACUCAUAAAAAAUCAAAAAACAAAAAUUCUGUAGUCAACAUGUCUCUUGGGGGCCCGAAAUCAGAUGUACUAAAUAAAGCAGUAAAAGCGCUCACAGAUGAAGGUGUUCAUGUAGUUGUGGCAGCAGGAAAUGAUGCUGAUGAUGCAUGCAAAUUUUCACCAUCAUCUGAACCAACUGUAAUAACUGUUGGUGCAGUAGAAGUUGACCCGACCGAUAAAAAAACGAGUAAAAUCGCUUUUUUUUCCAACUUUGGAAAAUGUACUGAUAUUUUUGCUCCAGGUCUUGGAGUUUUGUCAGCAGGUGUUUUUUCUAAAUUUGAUCUUAGUGUAGAAUCGGGAACCUCUCAAGCAACACCCCAUGUUGCUGGUACAAUUGCUCUUAUUAUUGCUAAAAGUGGUAAUCAAAGUCCAGCAAAGAUGGCCACUGCAUUGAAGGAUUUGUCAUUUAAAAAUGCAGUAGAUUUUGGUGGUAACAAAACUAAAGAAAAAGAUACUGCAAACAAUUUAGUACGCAUCCCUGCGCCAUAA